AUGCUGGAUUCUGUGGUUAAGGGCCACAAGGAACAGACACAGAAGCUUCAGGAGGCAGUGAAGUUCUUGGAGGAUGCAGUCACCCAACACGAAGAGCUGAGCAAGCACUUGGGCAACGUCCGAGACUGGCUGAGUAGCACACAGGAACAAGCCGUGGCACUUUCGAACCUCGGCCUCGACCAGCUGGCUUUGUACAGCAAUUUGGAAAGGCUCAAGGCGAUCGAGGCCAGUUUCGGCACCCAGGACGAGGAGCUGAAACGAGCUGAGAAGCAGCUGCCUGUUGUUCUUCAGAGUACCCUGCCUGCCGGCCACAACGUUGUGGUGGGAGAACUGGAUGCCUUGAAGCAGCAAUGGCAGGUGGUGAGUGACAUGGUGACUCGGGCACGCGAGUCCCUGGAACAACUGUUGGGUCGGUGGGAGGAGCACCACGUCCAGGUGGAGAAGCUCCAGCAGUGGAUGUCGGAGCGGGACGCCGAGCUGCAGGGACUGCUGCUCUGCGACACGCUUGAGGCCAAGAGAAGUCGCCUGGAAAAGCUGCAGGAUACGUUGCGGGAUUUGCGAGCGAAGGAACUUGAGGUGGAUUCCCUCACGGAAAGAGCACAGCAGCUUCACGGAGGCCACAGCACACGUCGCAGCAGCCGUCUGGCUGACCUGGCUCUGCGUUACCAGCAGCUCCUAGUUGCCCUCACGGAGGCAGUCACAAAGUGGACCCAAUACGUCACGAACCACCAGACCUUGGACAAGCAGGUGGCCGACGCUCAACAGCAGAUCAAGCAGGCCAACGAGAAGCUCGACCAGUGCGAACUGACGGAGGGCUCGCUGAGUCAGCUGGAAAGCAAGCUGGCCAUCAUCCAGGAGGUGUCGCACAACAAGGAUGCACUGGUGUCGCUGGUGCAAUCCGCCACCGAGCAGUGCCAGACGGUGCUGGGUGAGACGGCCCCCGUGGGUCACGGACCCCUGAGCCGGACACUGCAGAGCCUCACCGAGGCCAAGCUGGCCCUGCUGCAGCGACUGUCAGCUCUGAGGGCCACCCUGGACCACGCCCGGCAGCUCUGGGGAGGCCUGAGCACGCUCACCAAGCAGGUUCUGUCUGCUGUGGAGGGCAUAGAAGCCUCCUUAGAAGAUGCAGGCAAACUGCAAGAGACCCUGGCUGAAAAGAAGGCACAUGCUGAACGAUCCAAGGUCUUGGAGCAACGUCUUCUGCAAGAACAAGCACAGGUUGACAACUUGAAAUCGCGAGCUGCCGAGCUAGCCAAGAGUCACCCGGGCAACGAGCAUUCGGAACCAGCCUUCGAAGCUGUCGAGCGGUUCAAGAAUGCGUGCAAGCGUGCAGAGAAACUUGUUGAGACCACAGAGAAGGCAUACAGGAGUCACCUUGACUUCAAGAACGCCUGCGACGACUUGGUGUCUUGGUUGCGUCAGCUGAGAGAAAAAGUGCCACCGUUCACCCGUUCGCUGAGUGACAGGCUCAGCCUCGAGUCGAGCAUUUCGGUUCUGGAGUGGUCGCUGCUGCCGAGACGACAAAGGCUUCUACGUCAGAGCCUGGCAUCGCUCUUUUGGACAAUCAGGUCUCUGCACUUAAGGGCGAUCUCACAAGUCCUUUUCGAUGAGAUUUCAACUACAAAGGAAAAGCUGGGCACCACAUGCUCUCAGCUGCGGGAGUUCCGCGAAGAGUACGAGCACAUGAGUGAGUGGCUGCAGCUGAUGGAAGAUGACAUCAAGAACCAGCGGACACUGCUGUGGCCCACGCUGGAAGAGAAGAAGAAGGCAUUUGAAACGGCGCAGGGUCUUGUGGAAGAGCUCGAGAAAGGUCACGAAACCCUGGACAGGGUGACCUUACUUGCCCAAGGCCUGCUGACAUCACACUUGGACACCUACAUUCGCAACCAGCUCACGCUGGUCAGCUCACGAUACCAAGUCACUCUCAACUUGGCCAAGGAUCUCCUUGGAAGGGCACGCGACGUCUAUAAUCAGCACGAGCAGUACCGCACUGCUUUGGUGGCUGCUCGCGAAUGGAUGGACAGCAUGGCCGCUUCUCUGGCCGAGUGUUCAGGCCCAACCACUGGCAAGAGCGAUGUGGAGGCCCAGCUUGCCAAAGUGCAGGGUAUGGUGAGGAAACAAGACGAAGGCCAUGCCCUGGUGCAUGCAGCCCUCACGGCUGGCGAGAAGACCCUGCGAGGCACACACACGUCUGGCAAGGCCCCGCUCAACCAGGAGAUGCAGGAGCUCCAGAAGCAGUGGGACCGCCUCGUGCUUAAGCUUUCCGAUGCCAAGGUAUCUCUGGAGACAGCUCUUCUUCAGUGGACCGACUACAGUUCUUCGGAGCAGCGCCUCCUACAGUGGAUCGCUGACCAUGACAAUCAGCUGGAGGAAGUCAAGAAGAAACGCCAGAGUACCUCCGUCAAGGAGUCGGUCACGCAACGCAAGGCCAGGCUCAGGAGGGCCAACAGCCUUGUAAAGGACGUCGAGUCAUUCGAGCCCAUGGUUGAGUCUCUUGCCAUCAAGGCACAGGAGCUGCAGCAGACAUCGGCAGCCCCCAAACCUGAGAUCUCGGGAAAAUACAACAACCUGGCCGGCUCUGUCAAGGAAUUUCUGCGACAGCAGAAGUCUGUCAUGGGCCAUCUGCAAGAGUUCAUGGAUGCCUGCGCUAACCUCAGCGCCUGGCUGGAACAGGCGCAGGAAAAACUGAACAAGUGCGCAGAGCCUUCGGGUGACCGCAAUGAGCUGAGAAGCAAACAUGGCACACUAAAGGUGCUGGAGGCCGAGCAGGAGGAAGGUCAGAAGCGGCUGCAGCUGAUGCUUGCCCUGGCAGAGACUGCGCGUGGCUUCAUGGAAGAUGAAGCGGAACAGCAGCACGUCGACCAAGAGGCUGGCCUGCUGGUCAAGGCCGUGGAGGAAUUUGAAGAACGCAUGGCACAGGUCAAAUCUGCGCUGGACGUGGGCCUGGUCAAGUGGGACGAGUACGAGGAACAGUUCCGCCGUUGCCAGGACUGGCUGAACCAGUACGAGCCGCAGGUUCGCUCGUUCCAGCAACUGCAGCCUGACCUCGAGUCCAAGCGGGUCAAGCUGGAAGAGUUCCAGGUCCUGCUGCAGACCGUGUUCGAGUGGCAGUCCGAGUUCGACACACUCAACCUGAAGGCGCAGCUGCUCCUGGAGACGUACUCGGACUCAAGCAUCUGCAACCAGUUCACGCAGCUGUCGGCACGCUACACAAGCCUGCUGUCGCUGGCCAAAGAGGUGCUGCAUGCCCUCGAGCAACACUACCAGGAGCACCAGCAGCAGCAAUGCAUGUACGGCGAGGUGUCCGAGCUGCUCGACAGCACCCAGGAGCGGCUGCGCGAACUGCAGAAGCCCUCAGCCACUCUGGACGACGCCGAGUCACGUCUCAGGAGCCUCGACUUGCUCUGGGCAACAUUGCAGCAGGGUCGAAACAAGGUGUCUUACAUGAUGGAGCUUACAGACAAGGUGAUUGAAACAACAUCUGCUGAAGGCAUCAAAACAAUCCGCGAAAGUGCCGACAACACGUCUGCUGAGUUUGAGCGCCUGCUCCAGGAAGUCUCCGCCGUGCGCUCCAUGCUCUCUGAGCAGUUGUCAGCCCUCGGAGAGCUGGCCCAGGAGCUUCAGCAGUUUGAGUCAUGGCUUAGUGAAGCCCGGACACAACUUGCCGAAGCCAAAUCCGGUGCCGAACAGGCCUCUGGUGCAGUGGAGAAGAAGACGCGUCUAGACAAGAUCAAGGCUAUCGCAGCUGACGCCGCCUCCAAGUCUGGCACGGCGGCGAGCCUUGAGAAACGGCUGAAGGAAACAAAGCAGCUGAAUACGCCAGAACGUAAGAAAAUGAUCGCAGACUUCUCCGAACUCCAGAAGGAAGCUGAAGAGCUGGCCGCCCGCCUGGAAAAGGAGGUGGAAGCACUGGAGCGGCAGCGAUCCAUCCACGCCCAGGCCGUGCAGUGGCUGAAGGAGGCCAAGCUGAAGCUGCAGAAGUGUUCAGACUGCAACGGGCAGCCAGGCCGUCGUCCGCGAGAAGGCAACCCAGCUUUCGAAGCUCCGAGAAAGCCUGCCGACCGGAGUUGCUCUCGUGAAGGACGUCGCACAGUGCACGGAGGAGGUGUCCCCAUGCCUGAACCAGUCCGGCAAAGAACGACUCCAGGAGAACCUUCAGGAGUUGCGCCAGGACUUGGAACAGCUCGAGCACGGCGUCGAGGACGCUCAGGACUCUCUCGACGAGUGCCUGCAGUGCUGGGAGCACUUUGGAGAGCUGUAUGGUACAAUGUCCCAGUGGCUUGUCGCAGUUUGAAGGAAACGCCAAGCCUGCCCUGGCAUCUACUGCAGUUGAUGCCGACCACCUGAAGCAGCUAAAGGCUCUUCUGGAAGAAGCUUCUUUCCACAAGCCCGACAUGGAGGAGAUGAACGAGGAAUGCGAGCGUCUUCUUCUGCUCAGCGCACAGACACCAGUUCGAGACCAGGCUGUCAAGUUGUCCACGCAAUACACCUCCC